AUGGCAGAGCUGGGACUAGAACCUAGGACUCCAAACAUUCCCCAAAGGCCCCAGACCCAAGCUUCCCCCACCUAUGAUGCCCAGCAGCUGAGAGAGGGCUUGGAUCUGCCCCACCUCUAUGCCUGGGAAAACAAGGAACUGGUGGAGGAAGAAGGGUACUCCCAGGACAAGGAAACUGCAGCCCGAGAGGAGAAGGGAUUUGUCCAGAGCCGCUCAACCGGACCAUGGAAGGCCCUGCAACCCACUUCCUACAAGUGGCGUCUCAUUGCUGCCUCUGCGAUGCCCCACCCUGCUGUCGGGUCUUGGGAGCAACAGUGCCUGAGUCCCAGGAAGUGCCAGGCGCCCUAUGAGCGCCGGGUGCGCUGGCUCCGUGAGAUCCAGUCCAUGCUCCGCGAGCGGCGGCCUGAACGCGCCCGGCAGCUGCUGCGCCUCCUGCGCCAGGACCUGGGCCUUGAGGGGACCCUCCUCACUGACAUCCUCUACAGGAACGUGGCUUUCCUCAAUCUGGUGGACCCCAUCUCUCAUGACCUGCUUAUGAACCUGGCCCGGGACCUGCAGUGCCCCAAGACGGACUGUGAGCUCUGGAAGUCCUCAGACAAGAUCUGCCGACAGCUCAUCUACCACCUCACGCCUCACUCCAAGCGGCGGCAGCAAGAGUCCAGCCUGCCCCGGAGGAAGCCCCAGAGCUGCUUUAAGAACAGCCUCCAGGAGACUCCGAUGGCAGGGGAGACCGUGAACCUUUCAGGAAUCUCACUGUCAACGCGGGAUGUGCAGCACAUAACUCGCUACCUAGCCAGCCAGGGCGCCGGGCUCACGGUGCUGGACCUGAGCUUCACAGGGCUGAGCGAUGAGCUGCUGCGCCUGCUGCUGCCCAGCCUCUGGACGCUGCCCCGCCUCUCCCAGCUCCUGCUCAAUGGCAACCGGCUGACACGAGCUGCCGCCCGUGAGCUCACCGAGGCCAUCAAGGACACCACCAAGUUCCCCGCGCUGGCCUGGGUAGACCUGGGCAACAAUGUGGAUGUGGCCUCCCUGCCCCAGCCCUUGCUGGUCGGCCUGCGCCGGCGGCUGAGCCAGCGCACCUCGCUCCCCACCAUCUAUGAGGGUCUGGACUUUGAGCCUGAGGGCAGCGUGGCCGGGGCCGCCACUGCUGCCUCUACCUGGGGCUCCGCAGCUGCCGGGCCAGGGUCCGAGCCCCAGGCCUGCUGCACCAGGUGACCCGUCGCCCACCCUGGCCCAUGCUAUUUGAUUAACAGUGCUCCUAAGCACAUGGGAUGGAGGUGAGGGAGGCCCCGGGGGUCCCCCAGGCCCCCAGAGACCCAGUGCAUAUGCUCAACCUGAGAUUAAGAGGAUGGAAGGAAAGUGAGUUAAUCGGAGGCCGGAUGGUCAGCCCAGGCUGAGGUUCCAGCCUCCCCUCAGCAGGAGGGGCCUGGUACCCACUGUGCAGACCCCACAAUAAAGGGUGAUACCCA